AUGGAGAAAACUGAAUAUCGUGCUGUCAUAAAAUAUCUUCAUUUGAAAGGUAUAACUCCACCAGAAACUCAUGAAGAUAUGGUGAAAACCUUAACAGACAAUGUUCCUUCAUAUGCAACAGUCAAACGCUGGGUAAAUGAAUUCAAGCGUGGCAGAGAGAGUGUGGAAGAUGAUCCCAGACCAGGAAGACCUCCAACUGCAACCACCAAGGAUAACUUUGACCUUGCUCUUAGUAUGAUAAUGCAAGAUCGCCGAAUAUCGUGUCGUCAGAUAGCCGAGAGAACGGGCAUCUCAACUGAAAGAGCAGACAACAUUGUGGCAAAAGAACUUGGGUUCUCGGGUCCCUCGCCUUUUGACUCCUGA